GAUGGAUUGAUGCGACCUUGGCCGUCGCUGCUCCACGUGCUCCUCGUUGGUCACAAACAAGUACAUUUGAUGGCUACUUGGUCGCAGCUACUGCGCGGGCGGACGGAUGGACCGAAAGAUACACAGACACACGAAUACAAAUAUAUAGAUAGCACCGACACACACUCGGUCUAUAUAUGUAUGCAUGUACGAAUGUACGUGGUGGAAGGUAACAGUAGCACAUAUAUUGCAGCCCUGCACGUUGCAGUGCCACCGUCCAACAACACGCGCUGCAGCCAUGUCCGCGGUUGGCCUCCACCUCCCUGGCUGACCCACGACCCUCUCAUCGCACCACGUAUGAAUUUGACAGCUCCAUCGGUACUACACUGUAUUCUUUUUCUGACUCUCCUCUACUCUCCAUCUUCCCUCUGUCGGGAUCCAACUUCCAAUACAUUACAUCAUUAUAUAUACAAUGCUAAAGUGAUAAUGUUUUGUCAAACACCGUCCACUUCUCCAUUACCCAACCACGCAACACGACGGCCAGCCAAUGACUGCAACACCCGCCACCGCCACCAAAAAAAGGGGUAUAGAACUUGA